AUGAUGGCACGUAAAGAACAAACCCUUGAGGAUGAUGAAGAUCUGCUUUUGGAUGAGGAUGAAUCACUCUUUCAAGACGUUGAUAUUCUUCAAAAUCAUGGCAUAAACGUUGCUGACAUCAAGAAGUUGAAAACUUCUGGAAUAUUUACAAUUAAGGGCCUUCAAAUGACCACGAAAAAGAAGCUUAAUAACAUUAAAGGUUUAUCAGAAAACAAAGUAGACAAAAUAAGAGAAGCUCUUUCUAAGCUUGAUAGUAACAUAUUCAUGACAGCUUUAGAUCUAUGUGAAAAGCGAAAAUUUGUUUUUAGAAUUGGUACCGGGAGUGAAGAACUUAAUAAGCUGUUGGGUGGUGGUAUUGAAAGCAUGGCCAUUACAGAAGUAUUUGGUGAAUUUAGAACCGGGAAAACACAGCUCUCUCAUACUUUAUGUGUUACUUGUCAAAUGCCUGGUGAAAGAAACUAUUCUGGGGGGAAAGUCAUGUUUGUGGACACAGAAAAUACAUUUCGCCCUGAUCGAUUGAAAAGCAUUGCUGAUCGAUUCAAUUUGGAUCAUGAAGCUGUUUUGUCCAAUGUUCUAUAUGUCAGAGCAUUUACAAGUGAACAUCAAAUGGAAGUUUUGGAUUUAGUUUCAGCAAAAUUUCAUGAAGAGGCAGGUGUAUACAAAUUAUUGGUCAUUGAUUCCAUCAUGGCUUUAUUUCGUGUGGAUUACAGUGGCAGGGGUGAACUUGCUGACAGACAGCAAAAGCUUGCCCAGAUGCUUUCAAAAUUACAAAAACUGUCUGAAGAAUAUAAUGUUGCAGUUUUCAUCACUAAUCAAAUGACAUCUGAUCCCGGAGCUGCUAUGAGUUUUCAAGCUGAUCCAAAAAAGCCAAUUGGAGGUCAUAUUUUGGCUCAUGCUUCUACAACUCGUGUUGCAUUGCGCAAGGGAAAAGGUGAAUUGCGAAUUGCAAAAAUCUAUGACAGUCCUGAUAUGCCCGAAAAUGAAGCUACAUUUUCAAUUACUGAAGGUGGUAUAGCUGAUGCCAAAGAAUAACAAUUAAUUGAAGAUC